GGAACUGCGGGUAAGCUUCGCUCCGCCCCCGCGGCACGCCGGGAAGCGCGGCGGCAAGGUCAGAGCGGGCCGCUCGCCGGCGGCCGGCAGAAGGGCGGAGGCGCCGCAGAUGGAGUACGACUGGGUCGGCUUCGGGUACGCGGCGCUGGUGGCCUCCGGGGGCAUCAUCGGCUACGCCAGGGCAGGCAGCGUCCCGUCCCUUGCUGCCGGCCUUCUCUUUGGUGGCCUGGCAGGGCUGGGUGCCUACCAGCAGUCUAAAGACCCAAAGAAUGUGUGGCUUUCUCUCGUGGCGUCUGGAACCUUGUCUGCUGUCAUGGGGAUGAGAUUUUACAACUCCAGAAAAGCAAUGCCUGGGCUCAUUGCUGGUGCGAGUUUACUGAUGGUUGGACGACUUGGGCUGCAGAUCAUGGAAAAGCCACUUGAGCCAUAAGUGUACAUCAAGCCUCUUGAAGAUACAUGAUUAAGAAGCCUGAAAAUGCCACUGCCUGAAUGCACUAUACAAAAAAUGUAACAGACGCUGCUGCCUGUGCACUGUUUUUCAUAUCCUUAUGCCUAUGGGUUAUGUCUUUAAAUGAGAGAAAUUGAGAGCCCUUAUUAUGUCUUCUGAAGUGGUAUGUCUCAACAGCUGCACUGUGAAGCAGGAAAAUGAGUAUAGUAUUAGUUCAGCUUCUGGUCCUGCAGUUUACUGUAAGCAAGGGCCUCUUAACCCUUGCGUGCAGACAGUUGCAGGAAUGAAGCUUAAAUAUAUAUAUAUGGACUUGUCCUUCUAAAACCCGUUAGACUGCGGAAACAACGGGAUACAAGUUGGACUAGAUGAUCUUGGAGGUCUUUACCAACAUAAGUGAUCCUAAAUUGUCAAUUUAUCAUUAGUAUUUCCUUUAACAAAUGUGUUUUUUCUGUCAACUUUUCCUUCCCACUUCCCUGCUGCCUUAUCUGGUCAUCACGUUUGUCAAUCAGGGACUUUGUUCUGCUAGCACCGUUUUAGAACCUCGGCCUAAAAACACAAUCCUGGAGCAGGGGGUUGAGUUUCUACUGUAAUGCAAUGAAAGUAAAUCUAUUACUUAAAAUUAUUUAUAAGGAAAAGUGCCCAACUAAAUGUAAUUAAUUUCACUUUUAUGGACUAUUAUUUGUAAUAAAAAUAUGCUUCAUUAGGUAAUGCUGAAUUGCAGUCAUAGCAUUUGUGUUUAAUGAGAAUUAAAAUGUUACUUUAAAUAAACCAGCCAACAAAUUAUUAUUACAAA